AGGGUGCAAAGUGAAAGAUUAAUUCGGGUAUUGAAUAUUCUACAGAUACGUAUAGAACAAGCGAGGUGGAUUCCUUUCUCAAUUCUACGUCUCUUCGCAAUGGCGGAACUAAUAAUCAAUAAACCCCUUUUCCUAAUUACACUCAUCUUCUACUCUACAGUUCGCACACAUGCUUUUACAUACAAUUCCCAUAAUAUAAGAGCCUCCACCAUACUUGAAUCCUCGUAUAUAUGCACAUACUAAAAGAAGAUGUCUACAACAGGCAACAAAGCGGGCCUCGAUGCAGCUGCAUGGAUAUUUAAUAUUGUCACUUCCGUUGGAAUCAUUCUUGUCAAUAAAGCCUUAAUGGCUACUUAUGGUUUCACUUUCGCGACAACUUUAACGGGCCUACAUUUUGCCGCAACAACAGUGAUGACGUUUAUUCUAAGGUCGCUCGGAUAUAUACAAAGUUCUCAUCUUCCAACAAUCGAAAUUAUAAAAUUUGUAAUUGUUGCGAAUUUCUCUAUAGUCGGAAUGAACGUGAGUUUAAUGUGGAACUCGGUCGGCUUCUAUCAGAUUGCAAAGCUGAGCAUGAUACCCGUGGCGUGUCUUCUAGAAGUCGUUUUGGAUAAGAUGCGAUAUUCGAGGGACACAAAGCUAAGCAUUUUGGUGGUUUUAUUCGGUGUGGGCAUCUGCACCGUAACUGACGUGAGUGUCAAUGCUAAAGGAUUUGUCGCUGCCUUUAUAGCCGUUUGGAGCACUUCUAUGCAGCAAUAUUAUGUUCACUUUCUGCAAAGGAAGCAUUCGAUUGGUUCGUUCGACUUACUAGCAAACACUGCACCACCACAAGCUGCGUCGCUUUUGAUCUUGGGUCCGUUUAUGGAUUAUUGGUUGACGGAGAAGAGGGUCGAUGCCUUUAAUUAUACCUUCACAUCAGUUAUGCUAAUAACACUAUCGUGUGCAAUUGCAAUAGGAACGAAUCUAAGCCAAUUCAUAUGCAUAGGCAGAUUCACAGCGGUUUCGUUUCAAGUACUAGGUCACAUGAAGACCAUUCUAGUACUGACAUUAGGGUUCGUUUUCUUCGCUAAAAACGGACUUAACGUAAACGUAAUUGUGGGAAUGGUUUUUGCGGUAGCGGGCAUGAUUUGGUACGGCCAUGCAUCUUCUCAACCCGGCGGCAAAGAAAAAAGCCAAUCUUUGCCUAUCAAUAAAUCCGAAGUCGAAAUCGGAUUAGUUAAAUCAAACGAGGGUGAUGAGAAAGUCUAGUUUGCUCUAUAUCAAGAAAAUUUAUACACUCGAACUUUUAAAAGUACGGAUGUUUUUUUUUUUAAUUUAUAUUUUGCGACGACAUAUUAUAUUCAUUGCUUAAGGUGGUGUUAGCAAAAGUUUAUUCAAAAGCGGAAGUUAGUGAUUGUGUGAUAAGUUUGUUGUAAGUGCUUAUUCGAUUUACAAUGUUUUCAGUGC